AUGCUGCUUCAACCUCUGGAAGUGGUCCUCCAAGCCAUAUCAUGGCUGACCACGAUCCACGGCCAGGGGACUGUCGGUGUUCUCGGCAUCCUGUCGCAUAGGCUCUACUUCAUCCGCGGCGAGCACCACCUGAAAGCGCCGCUGUAUUUCGGCCUGUGGGCGCUGGCUUCCGUCUUUGUCGUCUCGAUAUUCCACGCCGCCAACGCCUUCGAGCCCCUCCACGGCAAUGUCAGAACCGACAUCAACGCGUUCGAGGCGCUUGCGCGGCUGAAUGCUGCUUUCUUCCUGCCACUAUUCACGAGCAUGGUCGUCUACCGUCUGCUGGAACAUCCGCUCAGACACUUUCCCGGGCCUCGCUUGCUCGCGACGUCCAAGCUGUGGCAUGUCUCUUACAUGUUCACCAAGAAGAACCACCUGUUCCUCGACGACCUCUAUCAUAAGUAUGGGAGCAUUGUGCGCACUGGGCCCCAGGAGCUUACGGUGGUCGAUCCGGAAGUCUGGCAGGUCAUCGGCGGGCCGGGCACAUCGUGUAUCAAAGGGCCGUGGUAUGAUCUGAUGUACCCGUACAUGUCCCUAACCUCGCUCCGGACCAAACACGGGUACGCACCGCGCCGCAAGCGAUGGGAUGAGGCUUUCGGCUUUUCCACCAAUUCCUAUGUCGGAGACAAGGGGCACCGUGUCCACGCCACGGCGAAGCUGCUGCUCAACCAGCUCUACAAGUGCGCCGGCUCUCCCAUCAACGUCAACAUCUGGUUCCACCACUUCGCCUUCGACAUCAUGGGCGACCUCGCCUGGGGGCGCUCGUUCAACCUCGUCGCGGAUCUCACGUCGGGCAGCAAGCCGCACUUCGCCCCCGCCAUCAUCACGCAGGCCACGUCCAUGUUCCAGUACUUCACGCCGGCCACGUGGAUGGGCCACAUCUGCUUCUACCUGGCCUGCUACGUGCCCUUCGUCACCCAGAAGUGGAACCGCAUCUUCGGGUGGGCAGCAGAGAUCUGCGACGAGCGACUGGAGCGCGGGGGCCUCGAGGCCGGCGACAAGGGCGAGGCCGGCACCGAUGCCUUCUCUCGUUUCAUCCUGUCGGCCCGCCGUGAUGGGGACGACGAGUCGCUCGACCGCCUCGCGCUGUACGGGGAGACCUUCGCCAUCGGCGUCGCGGGGACGCACACGACAGCGGCUGCUCUGACCAUGAUGCUCUACGAGCUUGCCCAGCGCCCGGAGAUGCAGGACGAGCUGCGGAGAGAGAUUGCCGUCGCCGGUGUAGUUUCCGAUGGGGACGCGGACGGGCGGAAGGAGGAGGUGGAUGCGGCUGCGCUCGAGAGACUGCCGUUCUUGGACGCAUGCAUCAAUGAAACCAUGAGGUUCUAUGCACCGAUUCCGUCGGGGGGUGCCAGGCAGACGACAGAGAAGGGCGUCAAGGUGGGCGACACAUGGAUUCCGCCCAACACCAUCAUAAUCGCACCGAGGUAUUCCAUCUCGCGAUUGGAAGCUGCAUGGGAGAAACCAAACGAGUUCAUCCCAGAGAGGUGGACCACCAAGCCUGACAUGAUCAGGGACCGGCGCGCCUUCAAUGCCUUCGGCAUCGGGCGGCAUACCUGCCCCGGAAAGGCGCUGGGGAUGCUGGAGGUCCGCAUGGUUGCCGCGAUGAUCCUCGCCAACUUCGAGCUCACCUUGGCUCCGACCAAGGGCAACAAAACCAGAGUCGUUGACGAGGCCAAGGACGCGUUCCUGACCCUGCCUGGGGAGCUGGAGCUGAUAUUCACGCCGCUGAGGGAGUCAUAA